UGCGGCAGUGCCCCUGGCGACCCGGCGGCGCGAGCAUGUAAAAGUUGGAAAACGCUGUGGCACCGUCGAGGCGCGUGCUGCACGAGCGGCGCCCCAGCGCGGUGUCCGCCGCGCGGACGGGCGGAGACCGCGCGUGCCCCCGAGGGCCGCGCGGCCGAUGGCCCCGACAGGGUCCCUGGACAGCGCCAGCCGCGGCAGAUCCAGCGGUAGCGCGGGACAGGAGGAGAACUGGAUGAAGGGCGAGAGGGAUGAGGAGGAGGAGGACCAAGAGGAAAGGAUGCGAGGUACAGUAUAUGUUUUCGAAGGGCUCGCCCCGCGUGCGCGGCGCUCAGGCCGCAGCCGCCGCGGGUAG